ACACCCUUGCCUGGUGCUAUGGCUCCUCUCCCUCCACCCCCUCCACCCCCACCCUUACCUGGUGCUAUGGCUCCUCCACCCUUACCUGGUGCUGGACCUCCACUCCCCCCCUCUCCUCCAGGUGACAUCAGAGCUGAGACAGUUCAAAGUCUGGGCAGGUUAUAUAGCAGCUCCGCUCCUAAUUCAAGCCACACCCCCUGCCCAACACUGCGGAUGAAGAAGCUGAACUGGCAGAAACUUCCAUCCAGACUGGUGUCAGGCCACGAGUCUCUGUGGACGUCAACAUCUUUGGACUCCAUGGAGCCAGAUUACUGCAGCAUCGAGCACCUCUUCAGUCUCCCUCCGACUGAGACCAAGACCAGAACCAAGUCAAAGACGGAGCCCAAAGAGGUGUCCUUCAUCGACGCCAAGAAGAGCCUUAACCUCAACAUCUUCCUCAAGCACUUCAAAUGUUCCCACGAGGACUUUGUGGAUCUCAUCCGAAGAGGAGACCGAUCAAAGUUUGAUGUUGAGGCCCUGAAACAGUUCAUCAAACUCCUCCCAGAGAAACAUGAGGUAGGGAACCUGAAGUCUCAUCUGGCAGAGCAGGACAAGUUGGCAUCAGCAGAUCAGUUUUACCUGCAGCUCAUUGAUCUGCCCAGUUACUCUCUGAGGAUUGAGUGUAUGUUGCUGUGUGAGGAGAGCAGCUGUGUGUUGGAGACUAUGAGGCUCAGAGCUGAGCUGCUGGACCGCGCCUGCCAGAGUGUGAAGGAGAGCGCUCGGCUGCCAGUCUUCUGUAAACUAAUCCUGAGUGUCGGAAACUUUCUCAACUAUGGAACUCACACGGGGAAUGCUGAAGGCUUUAAGAUCAGCACUCUGCUCAAACUGACCGAAACCAAAGCCAACAAGUCGAGAGUCACGCUGCUGCACCACAUCCUGCAGGAGGCUGAAGAGAAUCACCCCGACCUGCUCAACCUGCCCGAUGACCUGGAGAUCUGUGCAAAGGCUGCUGGGCUCAGCUUGGACUCUAUUCAGUCUGAAACAAAGACUCUAAACAAACGGCUGAAAAACUCAGAGAGGAGCGUUUCCUCCUCAUCUGACGACAUGAAGGAGCAGUACCUGUCCACCAUACAGGAGAGCCUGCAGGCUGUUGAGCAGCUGCAACUCCUGCUGUCAUCUGUGGAGGAGCAGAGGAAGCACCUGUCCGCCUACCUCUGUGAGGACAGCAGCAGCUUCUCCCUCGAAGAGCUCUUCAGCACCAUCAAGGCAUUCAGAGACCUCUUCCUUCGAACCCUCAAGGUCAGCGCCAAUCGCAGUGCGGCUCAGUCUGCAGGACUCAUACCCUGCCGCACGUUUGCAUGUGUCAUUUAAACUAUGUCUCAGCCAGCCAAUCGGCUCUGACUUGAACCGUGACAAAGUGUGGUAGCUGCCACACAUUAGUCCUGUUUCCCUGUAAAUGUUAAGCUCCGCCCUCUCUGGGGGGCCGGUUAGCCUGCUGAAGUUUGAACUGUG